AUGGCGCCAUCUAACCCAGGCCCACCGCUCAGCCUCCCUCCGCCCUACCACUCCCUCCCCCACCUCCUCCACCCGCGCCACCGCCACCCGCUCCGCCGCGUCCUCGCGGCGCACGCGCUCGCCGCCGUCGCGGGCCACCUCUCCCUCCCGGACCCGGGGCCCCACACCCUCCUCCUCGCCGCCUACUCCCGCCUCCCGCGCCCCUUCCCCGCCGCUCCCCUCCUCCUCCUCUUCCGCUCCUCCCUCCGCGCCUCCGUCGCACCCACCCGCCACACGCUCCCGCUCGCCGUCUCCGCGGCCUCCUCCGCGGGCCGCCGCCACCUCCCGCUGGCGCUCUCCCUCCACGCCGUCGCGGUGGCGCGCAACCUCCUCCCGUCCCCGCACGUCGCCAACGCGCUCGUCUCCCUGUACGCCAGGCACGCGCUCCCGGACGCCGCGCGCAGGGUGUUCGACGAAAUGCCAUCCGCCCCGGACGUCGUCUCCCACAACGCGCUGAUGCACGCGUACGUCAGCGCCGGGCGGGUGGGCGCCGCGCGGGAGGUGCUCGAGGGGAUGCCCGUGCGGGACGCCGUGUCCUGGGGCACGGUCGUCGCCGGGUGCGCCAAGGCUGGUCGGCUGGAGGAGGCGGUGGGGCUGUUUGACAGGAUGAGGGAGGAGCACUUCAGGCCCGACGAUGUCACUCUGGCCGCGGUGCUGUCGUGCUGCGCACAGCUCGGGGCGCUGGACAAGGGGCGGGAGGUGCAUGAGUAUGUAAAGCGGACCAGGCCCUGCCCUAACGUAUUCUUGUGCACGGGGCUCGUUGAUCUCUACUCCAAGUGUGGUUGCGUCGAGGCUGCGAGGGAGGUGUUCGAGGCAUGCCCAGAGAGGAACGUGUUCACGUGGAAUGCUCUCGUCGUUGGACUUGCGAUGCACGGCCAUGGCAUGGUAGCGUUGGAGUACUUCCACCGGAUGCUCUCUGAUGGAAUUCAACCAGACGGAGUCACUUUCUUGGGGGUGCUGAUCGCUUGCAGCCACACUGGCUUUGUGGACAUGGCAAGGCACGUCUUUUGCAACAUGGAGGACAAGCACAAUGUACCCCGGGAACUGAAACAUUACGGGUGCAUGGCUGACCUGCUUGGUCGGGCUGGACUAAUUGAGGAAGCUAUGGACAUGGUCAGCAAGAUGCCCAUGGAAGGGGACAGUUAUGUGUGGGGAGGUAUUCUUGCUGGAUGUAGAAUGCAUCGCAACGUGGAGGCAGCGGAGGUUGCAGCCCAGCAUUUGUUGCAACUGAACCCUGAUGAUAGUGGGGUGUACUCUGCCAUGGCUGGGAUCUAUGCAGAUGCAAUUAGGUGGGAGGAUGUGGCGAGGAUCAGGAAGUUGAUGGAUGAAAGGAUUAGCAGGAGGAAUGUAGGCUGCAGUUCAAUUACAACAGAGCUCAAAGAUGGUACUACUAUGCUGAGCUGAUUGCAGGGGAAUAUAUAUCAGAAUUCAGAAACACUGAAAGUAGACAAUAGUUUGGAAAGAGGACUAGCGCGAAUUGCAGUCAUAAGAUUCAUGAAGAUUCAAGGUGCAGGCGUAACCACUGUAUUCACGAGUCAUUUUAUUUGUGCUGCCAAAUGGGAAUCUAAUGAUGGAGUCAUCUUGCAGUUUCACACAGAACAUGUGGUUGCUUUCGUUCAUGAAAUUGAAGAUACAUGAACUUUGUGGCAACUGCAAUUUAUUGUCAAAUCAAGCUCAUUCCGAUGCCAACAAAGGAAGUUCAUGAAUGAUUUGAAGAGGGAUGUGGAAAAAUUCCUGGCGCAGUGCAACUAAAUUUCUCUCACGGCUAGCAGAUCCUUCGUGAUAUAUUUUGCAGGAAUUCAAUCUGAAAGGUGAGAGUCGCUCAGACCCUGUGCAUUUUAAAUAUUCGCCCAGAAAAUUAUCCACUGGACACAAGAAACGACCAGGAUUACUUGUCCUGCUGCUGAUUUCAGCCCAUGAUUGAUGCAUGCCAGUUGAUGUGGUGGCGGUGGGUUCAUUUCGACGUACCAGGCUAAUUUUCUCUCUGGCAAUCUCGUUUAAGACUGGUAUGUAAAUUGAAGAAAAGUAGCUCGCUGUUUGUCUAUGAUAUGUAAUUGCUAGCAUGAUGUGAAUAAUUGACUGAUUACGAGAAGGAAUUAAAAGUUGCAUUCCUUCAUAGUAAAAAAUGUCUAGUUUAUAUCCUUACUGGUUCACUGCUGUU